AUGUCUGCCUUUCGCGCGACGCGCACGCUGCUAAACAAGGCCCCUCGCAUCCCUGAAUCUCCUCACAAGUACCACUACACGGAGGGCCGUACUCCGUUCUGGCGCAAGGUUCGCGAUAUCCUCUCGGUGAACCCGGACAUUUCGUCGGGUCUGCCGCUCCCGCUUCUGAACCGUUACCCGCAGCCUGCUUCGCGCCCUGAGAAGCCUGCUCCGGUGCCAUCGAAGGUGCAUGUACUGACACUGGUGCUUCGUUAUGCUUUGGACUUGGCAGCUUCCGAUAUUGCGCAGAACUUGUACUAUGACCGUGACUUCCGUCGCAAGUACCCUCAGACGGAAGUGAUUACGCAGCAGUACCUGACGGAAUUGCUGCUCGCCUCGCCCAACGAGGACGGCACAAAGAGCCUGCCACAACCUGGCUCCGAGCAGACGACUGCGCUCACUCGCCCCUCGGACCUGGCCUCGCCUACGGCCUUCACUGAGGUCUUGGCCCAAGUGCAGGAGCAGCCUGAGAGCAAGUACUCGGCCUCGAACAUGCCGCCUUCGUUCCCGUCGACGAAGCCCCAGCACAUUUUGAAGAUCCAGAAGGGUGCGAUCCCCCACGGCAAGUUCGACUACUUCCCUGUCGAGAACUAUGCCUAG